AUGGGAGAGUCAAAAGUGAAGGUACCCAUGGCGUUUGGCACGAAUUUACCACCUUCUCUGGAAAAACCAGCAGCUGACAUGACCCUCUAUCGCCAAAUGAUAGGGUCUUUGAUGCAUUUAAGAGCUAGUCGACCAUACAUUAUGUUUUCUAUUUGUUAUUGUGCAAGGUUUCAAGCUAAUCCAUGCGAACCUCACAUGAUGGCUGUAAAGAAUAUUUUUCGAUAUCUAAAACGAACCUCAUCUCUUGGUUUAUGGUACACUGCGAAAUCAGGAUUCUUCGUACAAGCAUUUUCAGAUGUUGAUUUAGGAGGUUGCAGUUUAGAUCGAAAAAGCACAACUGGCGAAUGUCAACUUCUAGAUGGCAAGCUGUUGAGUUGGCAAUCUAAGAAACAAACAUGCGUUUCGUUGUCAACAGCUGAGGCUGAAUACAUUGUUGCAGUUCGUGCACAUCACAAGUCAUUUGGAUUCAAAGCAAACUUCAUGACUAUGGCUUAA